AUGGGGACAGUGGCAAGGGCCAAGAGCUGCCUGGCUGCAGGGCUGUUACGGAACCAAGUGGCUAUAGUCACUGGUGGCGGCACAGGCAUUGGCAAGGCUAUAGCCACCGAGCUGCUUAACUUAGAGUGUAAUGUAGUUAUUGCCUCACGUAAAUUUGCUAGAUUAAAAUCCACAGCAGAAAAGCUGAAUGCAGACCGCCUUCCCUCCAACUCUGCCAUUGUUACUCCCAUCCAGUGCAAUAUUCGAAAAGAAGAAGAGGUCAGCAAUUUGGUUAAAUCUACAUUAGAUGUCCAUGGUAAGAUCAAUUUCCUGGUGAACAAUGGAGGAGGCCAAUUCUUUUCUCCUACUGAACUCAUCACUUCAAAGGGAUGGAAUGCUGUGGUUGACACCAACCUAACUGGCACUUUCCACCUUUGCAAAGCAGUUUACAGGUCCUGGAUGAAGGAACAUGGAGGGUCUAUUGUCAACAUCAUCACCAUGUUAAAAAAUGGAUUUCCUAGAGCUGCGCACAGUGGAGCAGCAAGAGCUGGUGUUGAAAAUAUGAGCAAAACUCUGGCAAUGGAAUGGGCCUGCCAUGGAAUAAGAAUCAAUUGUGUCAGUCCUGGAAUAAUUUAUUCUGCAACAGCGUUCAGCAACUAUAAAGACUAUGAGGAGGAUGUAUUGAAAAGAUAUUUUCAACAUUGUGCAGCUAAGAGAUUUGGUGUUCCUGAAGAGAUCUCUUCCAUCGUGUGUUUCUUGUUAUCUCCUGGUGCCUCAUAUAUUACAGGACAAACAGUGAAUGUUGAUGGUGGUAAUGCUUUAUAUUCCCAAAGUUGGGACAUACCAGACCAUGACAACUGGCCUGAUGGACUAUGGGACCUUUCCACAGUCAAGAGAUUGAAAGCUUCCAUUAAGGAGAAAUCCCAACCUUAA